CAUACGCCGGCCGCAUACUAAGAUCAUGGUAGUUUUAAAAACAUACGUUAAAGUGCUUUGGGGAAUACUUUUUCUUAGUACAGCAGUUAGAGCAUGCACCAGAUGUGGAACGCGGCCCAGUUUGCCAAGAAUAAUAAACGGCAAGGAGGCGUUCCCCCACUCCUGGCCAUGGAUGGCUUACAUCCAGUUUGGACCAGGAACUUCAUGUGAAAGGUCAUGUGGAGCGAGUUUGAUUAUGAACAACAUGGUUCUUACUGCGGCCCAUUGCUUACAUACACCCCACUCCUGUCGCUAUCAGCGCCAAUGGCGAGCAAACGAGAUCUGCGUGUCGCUGGGUGUCCACAGUCGGUCAAGACGAGCCACAACCGCAGCAGUGGUCGAGAGGACUGUGAGCAAGGUUUACGUCAUCAACAGUUAUAAAGCGGCCACUUUUGACAACGACGUGGCAUUAUUAAUGCUUUCUGAACCUGUAGAAUACACCAAUGAAAUAAGCCCCAUCUGUCCUGUUAGAGCAGACACGUAUGUGCCAGAUGGAACGCUGUGCAAAGUUACCGGAUGGGGCGUCACAAACUUCAAUGUUUUGAUUUUUUCUGGAACCACACAACCAAGCGACGUUUUAAUGGAAGCGUCAGUGAGAUAUUCGUCUGCGGAAGCGUGUCGUGCCAGUUCUCAGUAUCCUAGAGAUGAAAUUACGGACGACAUGCUAUGCGCUGCCGAACCCGCAACAGACGCCUGUUCAGGUGAUUCAGGCGGACCACUCAUGUGCGCGUUCACAGUCAGUGGUGAGACGCAGUGGAAACAACUGGGGAUCGUUAGUUUUGGCAAAGGGUGUGCUAGACCCUCUUAUCCCGGGGUCUACACUGACGUCCGAAAAAUGGCUAACUGGAUUGAGAGAACUGUUGCCUUUGGGGCCUGUGGAUCAAUGGAAAGACUGGACUCGAAAUAUUAUGUCAACGGUCCAAAUAUUGAGACCAAAAGCGGCAUCAGCGAGAGGGAAUGUGAAGAAGCAUGCAUAUAUAGGCCUAACGCAGAAUGUAAAGCGGCAACCUAUAGUCAACGUACGUCAUAUUGUUGGCUUCUCGCCCAACCCAGAUGGACUGGACGCCGCAGUGGUUGGGUGGCGUUUCGGAAGAGAAACGGCUGCUAAACUAUCCAGUGACAGAUAAAGCUAAGAAGUGUACACGAGUUUAUGCAGUAGCAUAACUUCUGGAUAUUCGAUUAACAACCCCAACUCCUAGGGUGGGACAGUGGGUUUAUUUUAGAGACACUGUUACUAUAACAUAUCCGCUGAAUACAUUUUCCAUGUUUAAUUUGAACUUCAAUUAUU